AUGGUGGUAGCAGCAGCGGCGGCGUCGCUGCACGGGGACGAAGAACGCGAGGAGCGAGAGCGGUGCCAACGCGAGGAGGACGAGACGGCCGGCGAGGAGGACGAGACGGCCGGCGAAGAGGAGGAGGAGGAGGAGGAGGUGGCCGGCACGACGGCCACCUGUACCGAGGACGAGCGGCACGCGGCCGGCUCGGUGUCGACGAUGUACGCCGAGAACUGUCACUGCAGCCGGGGCAAUCUGACGACCACCGACGACGACGACGAGAUCCAGCAGUACUUUAUAGUGGACCACACCCAGCAGCAGCACCACGUGCCAGCGGCCGCAGCACCACAGCGCAGCGUCUCACGGCGCCCCUCGGUCUCGAGCGGUGCGUCCCGUCGCAGCACGCCCCGAUCGCGGCGUGGCACGAUGACCCCGAUGAGCUGCUGUUCGCACCACUCGCAGCCACCCGGAGUGGCCCCCGUCGCUAGCUACCCGCACCACAACCACCACCCGCAGCGCUUUACGGAUCCGGAGUCUCCGGCCGCGGUGAGCCGGCGGACCGACAGUGGGUCGAAUGCGACCAUCUCGAACUUUAACAUCAACCCGGCGCGGUUCCAGUGUAGCUACUACACGGCGGACGAGAGCGAGAACUCGUACUGUUCGAUCAGCGGCGAGAACAUCCGGCAGAUCCAGGCGCAAACGGCCAUCCAGCAUCGGCUCGAUCGGGAGGAGCAGAAGCAGCGGCUGGUGCCGCUCCCGCUGCAGCCACCAGAUCAACCGACGGCGGCGCUCGUCACGGACACCGACAGCCAGCAGGAUGUGGCCAGCCUGAACGAGUCGAUCCUCUCGACGGGCGUCGAGUCGACGUCGAGUGAUCAGCGAGGUCCGGCCGACGGGGGAUCGACGACGACUACGACCAGCACGACGACCACGUCGACCACGCAGCGCCAACUGCUCCACCAGGUUGGCCCUGGGGCCGGUGGGGGGAGUGGAGGCCGCGGCACACCGAAGAGUGCCGGCAGCCAGCUCGUCCUGACACCGUCCAAGAUCACGAUCGAGAACAUUGGCCAGCUGUCGGAGCUGGGCCGGACGGAGAGCUACGAGUUCGACGACCUGGACAUCAACAUCCCGGAGAUCUUCCAGUCACCGUCCAAGAUCAAGUGGAGCUUCCUGGCGCACCUGGACGAGUCGAAGUCGAACAAGUCGCGCAUCAGCUCCGUCUCGAGCCUGGUGGACGCGGCCAGCAGUGGCCGGGGACGGAGCGGAACCGAGUCGGGUGGGGCCGAUGUUAGCGAGACGGCGAGCGACAACGAGUACAGCCCGAACCGGAUCCGGCGCCGCCGACCGGAGCCACUGCCGAGCGAGGCGGUGGGCGGUGGUCCGAGCAGUGCCCAGCAGCCAGGAGUCGGGAUUCAGGCGUCGUCAUCGAGCUGCAAGAUCGAGGAGCUCCUCAAGAAGUCAUCCCCGUCGGCAUCGUCCGACUUCAAGACGGUGUCGAUCUGGCGGGCAGAGAACGGUGACGAAGGGAACGCGAUCAUCUUCCAUCACGAGAGCGAGAUCGUCGAGAAUUGCUGCACGAACCAUUUUUUAGACCACAGUAACUACGACGUGUGCCGGGUGGACAAUUGCGAUUAUCUGAUCCGGAGCAGCGACACGGACACCGGUUCGAAACGGGCGUCCUGUGGGACGCUCUGCAAGAGCGAAGAGCGCCUCAACAACGCGAUCGCUCCGUCGGCCUCGCUGGCCAAGCAGCUGGAGCUGAAGCAGCGGAACGUGUUCACCACGACCGGGCCGAUGAGUGCGGGGGCUGCAACCACACCGACGCUGGCCGCGGCGGGGGUCACCGCUCCGACGGCCACGACGGUGUACAGCAUCAUCUCGCCCGAUCUGAAGCGCUUCGAGAAGCAGACGAACCUGAACCGCCACUCGGUCAACCUGAGCCAGAACCUCCCCGCUUCGCCGACGUCGUCCUCGUCCACGUCGUCCAUCUUUGCCGGUAACUACGCCGGCUCGUCGUCGGUGUAUCGGAACAUCAAUCACCAUCAGGAGGCGACCUCGGCGGAUUACGACAAGCUCCUCAAUACCACCAGCGCGGGAACGCUGUCACGUGGCGCAGGAUCCUCGUCCCGGUCGCGGAUUAACACGGCUCCGGGCAGCACCGGUUCCCGGUCGGCCACCUCAACCCUCCGGCGACUCACGACACCGGCCGGAUCAUCGACGACAUUCAACAAUCAAACGACAGCGGGACCGCAUUCCAACAACUACUACGACGACGGGACCCGUACACUGUCGACCGCUUCACUCCGGGGGCCACCACCACCGCCACCACCACUGCACGAUACGGUGGUCGUUACGGGCGCUCCGGAACCUGGCGAUCCGGCGGUGCCACCGUUCAGCAUCUCGGCCGGGGCGGAAACGGCGGCCGCGGCCGCCGCCAGCCAGUUCUACAACAAAUCCUACCACUACAACCUGACCGCCCAGAACCAGCUCUACUUUCAGGCCUUCUCGAACGCGGUCCGCGAGCAGGAGCAGCAGAACUGCGAGUUCCACCAGCAGCAACCGCAGACACCGUCGCCGCAGCCGCAGCCCAGCUGCCCGCAGUGCUACGAGUACUACGGCUGCCAGGCGCAGUACUACGCGAACGCGACCAACGAAGCGGACAGCGAUGCCGGCCCCGGCGGUGGCGUGAUGCGACGGCGGGGCGGCUGGCGACGGAACGUGGGCACCACGCUGCGCAUCAACGGGCUGGUGCGGGUCGUCCGGACGAGGGCCCGCAAGUGCGCGGACUACAUCCGCCAGAAGGAGCACCAGAGCAACAACCGGUUCCGGCGGCGCAAGUAG